GGGUGACGUCACAGCCCGCCGCGGCGCACGCGCCUGGCGCAGCGUCCGUGUUACUGUCGCCAUAGAGACGCCGGGCGGGAGCCUCGCAUGAAGAGCCGUGCCGAGUGGAGUCUCGCGCUUGCCGGUCCAGUUUGAGGUCCAGCUUGUCCCCAAGUGUCCACCAUGAUUUCCAGUGACGCGGCGGUCAACGAGAACCUCAGGCUGCAGUUCCAGGCCCUGCAGGAGCAGCAGCAGCGGCGGCUACAGAAACAGAUGGAGCGGAAACAGGAGAGAGUGCCGCGGAGCGAGAAGACCCCGGCCGGCCCGACGGCGGACACGUUCCGAGUGGGAGACGACCUCCACCUCCUGGAUGUCAUUCAGGACUCGCCGGACUCCGUCAGUGCCAGGCUACUCGAGGAUGAAGUCGACCAGCUGCAGAGUCAAAUCAGGGAGCUGCUCGAUGAGAAGAGCAGGCUUCAUAAACUCCUCACUGAGAAGGACUUUGAGAUCAAACAUCUGAUGAAGAAGAGAGAGGAGGACAAGCUGGCACUGGCCGGUACCUCUGGGAUGGCAGGAGACAUCGCGGCAACAAAAAUCGUGGAGCUGUCCAAGAAGAACCGGGAGCUGACGGCCGAAACGGAGCGGGAGAAGAGCAAAGUGAAGCAACUUGUGAAGAGAAUCAGGGAGCUGGAGCGGGAGCCCGUGUGUUCCAGUGGCCAUGAUGGGGCAGACAGUAGAGGUCACCCGUCAGGCUCGGCGAGUGCAGAGAAGCCUUCGCCGGAAAAUCCUGAGGUCAGAGCUGUGCAAGAGAAACUCGCGGCUGCCAACUUGAAAAUGUCCGAAUACAGGAAUCAGCUGCAGACUGUGCGGCAGGAGCUCAAGGUCGCCCACAAGGUUCUGGCAAAUGAAGUGGGUGAAGAAGUCAGCAUCCAGCAGCUGGUGGGCUCCUCGGGGAGCUGGCGUGGACGAGCCCAGCAGAUCCUGGUCCUUCAAACCAAGGUUCGGGAUCUCGAACAGCAGCUUGGCCAAAGUUCACAGAGGAAACGGACGUCGCUCAGCGUAGAGGAGGAGAUGCUGGGAUUGGCUGUGCUGCAGAAAGCCCCGUUACAGGAGAGGAACCAGAGUCGCAUUCGCUUGAUGGAAAAAGAGAGGAAAGAAGCCGUGGAGAGGCUCGCCGCUGACUUUGAAGCUUUGCAGAAGGAAUUCGAGGAACAGAAGAAGAAGUUGGACGCCUCAAAAGCGAGAAACCAAGUGCUGGGCAGCGAAGUGAAGUCCCUGAAGAGUCAGAUCUGCACCCUGCUGGAGAAGGGCAGGCACGACGACGAGCUGGUGGAUGCCCUCCUGAAACAACAGAAGCAAACGCAGGAGCUCGUGAGUCGCCUAAGCCAGCAGGAGCAGAGCAGCAAGAUGGCACAGCACAGCCAGCAGGUUGGCAGCAGCGAGACCCUCAAGCACAACUCCUUGAUUGAGCAGCUGAAGCAGAUCGUGACGGAGAGAGAAGGCAAAGUGCGAGAGCUGGAGGAGGAGAUCAGGCAGCUGACGUCCAAGAGACACUCAAGGGAGGAAUCCAAAGCCAAGAUGCCAGCGGCGUGCGACUCUGAUGGGAGAGCAGACGUCGACAGCAUGGCAAGGAUCGGCUCGGCCCGCACCGUCUCUUCAUUGGGCCACACGUUAGUGGAGUCGAUGGCCACUCGGCCCCUGUCUGCGAAUGCCACCGAUACGAGCAUCAAAGUGGCAGAACUGAAGUCACUGCAGGCCCAGUGCACCGAGUACAAAGCCGUGGCUCAGGCCGCCGAAGUCGAGCGAGAGAAGCUGCUGGAGCUGGUGACCGUCCUACAGCGCAGAUUGGAUGAAAUGAAAGGACAAAGUCUGGAGGCCGAGCAGAAGCUUCAGGAGGAGCGCAAGAAAGCGGUGGUCCUUGAAAAGCAGCUUGAAAAAAACAAGCUGGAGCAGAACAGCCAGCGGUCAGCGAGUGGCAGAAGCAAAGUGACAGCAGGUGCCACGAUAGGCAGCUCUAAAAUGAACAAGACGGAGAGUCUGGAUGUGGCACCUGGUGGCUUGGCACCCGGACCCCUGGAAGCUCAGAUCGAGGAGUUGAAUACCAGGCUCACCAGCCAAAUGGAGCAGAAUGCCACCCUGAAGAUGGCACUGAGGAGUUCUCAGAAGUCCAAAGAAGACGACCUCAAGCUGUACAACGAGAUGAUGCGCCAGGUGAAGCAGGUCUUCCUACAGGCGCUGUGGCAGCACAGGCAGGACAAAAAGCUGAGCACUUAAGGCAGCGCCACAGCUGAAGAGUGGGCAUACUAGAGGACUUUGGUGGGCUGCCCAUGCAGCUGGCAUCACUCUGGACAGGUCACCAAAGUCAUUAUUCAAAUAAUGUGGAGAGAUGCCACUCAGGCAGGGGGGUCUCGCUUGUCCAGUCAGACCAGCCUGGCAGAGGUGGUCCGAGAGCAAUCAUGUCAGGUUUAUCAGGAGUAACACGAGAGCUGCGGCGUAAUCGAUGACACUCUGUGCCGUUGUCAGGGCCACAUGUCACACAUCGAUGUGACCUUAGUGCUUCUGCGGUGCCAGAUGGAAAAUAAAGAAAUGUCUGACAAAGUC